AUGCUUAGUGCUAGCAGUAGCCAGAACUGCCAGCAGCAACUGAGAUUCACUACCUUACAUGCAGGCUGGGCGGGUUCUGUCUGUAAGACUGCUCCGUCCUUAACCCUCUAUGCCCUUCCCAGAGGGUUAACACUCUCCCUCUGGCACUCAUUGCUUCUGUUGCAUUUCUAUUUUUAAUUUCCUUUGCCUCUCUGUUUCCACACUCUUUCUUCCUUGCAGACAGAUUCCCAGCCCUGCAUUGUUUCAUAUUUGUCAGUGACAAGCAGAGUGGGAAAGAAAGCUGCAUUUGUGUGAAAUAUCUCACUGAAGACCACAGCUCCUGGAAUACAGAUCCUGGCUGCACUUGUAGAGAGGAAUACGAGCAGUGCAGAGGCUGAAGACUGCCAGAAAAAAACAGACUGGGGAGCUAUUAAAGGACAAUCCAGACUGCCAUGCGUUUCAGCAAAGAUCAUACUGUCUGCCUGUGGAUAUUAACACUAAUCAAAGACUUGCUUCUGUGAUCCCUCAGCUCUCUGAAGAUUUGUUCCAUAGCUAGACUUUUGCAGACGGAAUACACCAUCAUAACUACCCAAAAUGGAAUAAUAUAAAAAGUGCAUUUUGUGUCCUCUGUGACCCAUCUGCAACAGGAAAGCUGAUCCUACACACUGCUGUUUUGGAAUGCAUUGUGCCCUGCUUAAAACAGACAGCUGGAUAUAAAGUCGUGUGUCUGUAUCCGCUCUCCCCCUCCUCCUGUCCUCACUUACAGUUGUUGCUUCUUUGCCUGUGCACAAAUUUGCUGGCCCCUGAGAAUGAGCAGUGUCUGCUGGCUUUUAACCCUUCCCUUUCUGUGGCAGCUACUGGCAUUGGCCCUAUCUCUGGAGAUGGGGCUUUACGAUGUGGAGAGGGGGAGAGAAACCAAGUGUGAACCCAUUCAGAUACCAAUGUGCCAAGGUAUUGGCUACAACAUGACAAGGAUGCCCAACUAUGUAGGACAUGAAUCUCAGGAAGAAGCAGCAGUAAAACUACAGGAGUUUUCUCCUCUAGUUGAGUAUGGUUGUCACAUGCAUCUUCGUUUUUUUCUGUGCUCACUUUAUGCCCCUAUGUGCACUGAGCAGGUAUCCACCUCCAUCCCUGCCUGCAAGCCCAUGUGUGAGGCUGCCCGACUAAAAUGUGCACCCAUCAUGGAACGCUUCAAUUUUGGAUGGCCUGAGUCCUUGGACUGCAACCGUCUUCCUAGCAAGAAUGACCCUCAUGCACUUUGCAUGGAGGCACCUGAGAAUGCCACAAGUGGGGAUACUCCGACUAAUGGCCAUGGCAUGCUUCCUGUGGCUCCUCGCCCCCCACGCCCAUCAGGGUCUGGUCUAAGUAUAACAAGCCGCUGUGCCAAUCCUGACAAAUUUAUGUAUGUGGAAAGGAGUGGGGUUUGUGCACCAAGAUGCACUUAUGGGGUAGAUGUAUAUUGGUCCUCAGCUGACAAGGACUUUGCUCUAAUAUGGAUGGCUGCCUGGUCUGGACUUUGCUUUAUUUCAACUGCUUUCACAGUAUUGACCUUCCUCCUACAUCCCCAACGUUUCCAGUAUCCUGAGAGGCCAAUCAUCUUCCUCAGCAUGUGCUACAAUGUCUACUCCACUGCUUUCCUUAUCCGUGCAGCGGCUGGGGCCCCCAGCAUAGCAUGUGACCGUGAAGGAGGUUCUCCAUAUUUAAUCCGAGAAGGACUAGAAAGCAGCGGUUGCACACUUGUCUUCCUUAUUCUCUAUUACUUUGGCAUGGCCAGUUCUCUGUGGUGGGUAGUGCUUACCCUCACCUGGUUCCUAGCAGCUAGCAAGAAAUGGGGUCAUGAAGCCAUUGAGUCCCAUGGUAGUUAUUUCCACUUAGCUGCCUGGGGAGUUCCAGCUGUUAAAACCAUCAUCAUCCUUACCAUGAGAAAAGUUGGUGGAGAUGAGUUAACAGGACUCUGCUAUGUUGGGGGGUCAGAUGCGAGUGCCCUUACAGGUUUUGUAUUGGUGCCCCUUUCAUGUUAUUUGGUCACAGGCACAUCAUUCCUUCUCACAGGUUUUGUUGCCCUGUUCCAUAUCCGAAGGGUCAUGAAGACUGGGGGAACUAACACCGAGAAACUGGAGAAAUUGAUGGUUAAAAUUGGGGUAUUUUCCAUAUUAUAUACUGUUCCAGCCACCUGUAUAAUUGUUUGUUGCUUCUAUGAGCGUCUCAAUUUGGCUCACUGGGAAGCCAGGUCAAGGGAAGAAUCCUGCAGGACAGCAAUUGGAGGGGGCAGGCCAGAUUGCACUCUGUCCCGCUCUAUCCCCAGUGUGGCAGUAUUCAUGCUUAAAAUCUUCAUGUCUCUGGCUGUGGGUAUUACCAGUGGGGUUUGGGUAUGGAGCUCCAAAACUUUACAAGCUUGGCAGGGAAUUUUAUGCCAGCGUCGACUUGGGGUGGUAGGGCCUAGGACUCGAGGGAAGCCCCGGGGUGGGGGGGUUAUUUCCUGUAAUUUGAGUAGCUGCCCAUAUAAGCCCCCACCACUCACACUUCAGGUAGCCAAGACAGACCCCUUCAUGGACAGUCCAACACAUGUGUGAAGUGCAGAAGAAGAAAAGACUCUAAAGAGAAUGGAAUUCAGGCUCACACACAUGUAAUAGGGAAAUGCACUUCAGUUCUUUACUGGCAAAGGGCUAUGUAAAGGACACAUUUUCAUGGUUACUGUAGUCACAUAUCUGUAUGCCACUGAAUGGAUCAAUACAACAAAAGAGUGGCUUGUGAAACAAAAAGAAUUUAUGUAACUCUUAAAGGGAAACAUUUUUGGACAAUGAUAUCUCUCUGAACACUAAAUAGCAAUCAGAGGAGUGAUGCUCUUCAAGCUUUGUCAGCAGAUAAGUCAUUAAUGUGUCAGCUGUGGGGUCUUUGAGGUUCUCAAUGUUUAAACCUCCCCCUGCCCUUGGCUGCUUCCAUGUGAACACUGAGCCCUUAUGCAGCUGUCCUGGGAGUGCUGUCCAUCAACUCUUCUCACUAAAACAACAACAUUUGCCAAAACCAAAAUUGCAAAUAUCAGCACCCUCAGCCCUCUCUACUCUGUAUACUUUUACUUUCUCCCCCCCCCUCUUCUCAUGUUGGUAUAUUCGCUGUAAACCCUUGCUUCUAAAAGGACAACAAGGUGUUGGUUUUAAAUAUGCUGCUGAGUCCUCCAGAAGCAAAGGUUUGCUGGUGAGUAAUACUGUACAGACUUAAACAGAAUGGAAUGUGUUCCACUCAGGGUUGUGCUUUGUCAAUGACCAAUUGUGUUAACAUUUGUCCUAUGUUUACAGGCAGUGUUUUAUUUAAUAUGAACUUACCAUAACAUUGAGAAGAGAUAAGAUAAAAUAGAAACAAAAAAGUCAUUUAAAAAUAUAAUGAUCAUGAAAUGAAGUGUUAACCCAAUUGUUAAAUAAUGUUAUCUUUCUAUAUUACACAACAUUGAAUGACAUGGAACAGAAAUAGUUACAGUUGUUAAUUAUAAAGCAGAGUGAUUAUUGCUGCAUUAUUUUGUGAUGUAGACAGCAGAAAUAUUACCAGAACUCAUAAGCUAAGUUAGAAAUGAUGGAGAUAUGUCAGGAUGCAUCUGUCUAUAUAAGAAUCAAUGCUUUGGUGCAUUUUAAAGUUACAUGCUCUGUAAGGGUGUAUUCUAUAUGAUGAGAAUUUAACUGAAGAAAAAAAAAUGCUUUGCAUUAAGGGAAAUUUUCAUUUUAACAUGUUAUUUCAAAACUAUAUCAGGCAUCUAAUAUGAAAACCCCUUUAAGAUUCAAUUAAAAGAAAAGUUCACAUGGAGUAUCCUGCCUUUGCCUCACAGAAAUAUACUUCCUGGGAGUAAAUGGUUAAAGGGACAUUGCACUGUUGUUGUUGCCUAUCAAUAUAGAAAUGAAUGAGAAAUGCUAACUGAAUAGGGGAAACUGAGCGAUGCUCUGUAAUUAUGUUAGUGUAAAACAAAACUGUAGCCUUAAUGAAUCUAGGAAGUGCAGGUGUCAUAGUGUGUAGCAGAACUCUGGCAUGUGGGGCUUUACUUAGUAAAGGUAUAGGCAAGUGGAGGUAUUCUGCAUGGUUUGACAAGGUGUGGUAUAAGUGUAGUGAUGCAGUGUGUGUUGAUCAGUAUUGAGAGGAGGGCAGAGUUAAAAGGAAAGAUGCAUGAUUAGUAUACAAAGUGAUAUUUUGUGGUUUUUCUAUCUGGCAUGUGAGUGAUAAUCUUCAGAAACAGAAGGAAAAUAAAUUACAAACCAGGUUUAAGGUUUUUUUUCAGUGUAUCCCUUUAAAGAUGUAUUUACUUUUGAAUUAAUGGAAUAUUUAUAAACACAAAUGAAGUGGCAAUAUUUUGCAGUGGCCUACAUACCUUAUUUUGUUAAGUUUCUUGCAAAUUAGGAAAUUGCUUAGUUGUGCAUUAUCAUAACUCAUGACAGUAAAUUAUAUUCUCAAGAUUUCCAUGUAGAAAUGUCUGUCACUAUUUUGUCUUCAGGUUUUUCAUGUUUUAAUGCAUACAGUUUAUUUUAUGAAGAGAUAUAGAUAAAAAAAUGUAUGUAUGUCUUGACAUAAGGGUUAAUGCACUCAUAUCAAUAGAUCUAUGGUUAACUACCUGUGUUUCAUUGUUACUACUAUGAUGCCUAGCAAAAGAAGAAAAAAAGAAACUACCUUAUUGUAAAAUUAUUUUUAUAUGUUCUAUAGAAUUUAUCACAUUUUCACAACUAUGCAAAAAUUGCUAGAAUUCCAAAGUGGUAUCUGAAGCAGUGGUAGAUAAAAUAAAAACCAUACUGCAUUGCUGGGGUUGCAAACACAUCACAUGGUUUCAGGUUGCUUCCAAUUAUGUUGUUUCCUGUUAGUUUUAAAAUAAAUUGCAAGAGCAAUAUAUGCAAACACUUUGAUUAACUUAAGUAACACAAUGUUAGAGAGCACCAUUUGUAUACAUUUCUCUCCAUAAAAGCUACAAACUAACUGCAGUUACAGUAGGAUCAUUUAAACAAUUACUUUAUUUCUAACCCAACUGAGUAAAAGGGCAAUACAGAAAAUAACUGUUAAAGAUUCUUAAAAAGAAGGUGGUCCAUUUUAUUUUCUGUCCAUGUAAACAGUUCUAGUAUAAUAGUAUUUUCAAAAACAUUAAAGGGACAUUCCAGACAAAAUUGGAAUCUCCAUGGAUGCAUUUCAGAUUUGAAUAGAAACAUUUUUAUAAUAUACAUGUAUUAGCAAUAAUGCUUCUAAUAAAAGCUAUAGCACUUGCUCAGAUAGCCUAAGGUUCUUGCACCAUCUGGUAAUCACUCAAUUUGUUAAUUGCUAACAUGAUACAAGCCCCACUGGUGCUCUGAUCAGCUGCAGUAUUUAAAAGGCUGGUGCACUGAGAAUGCACGUGCAGAGAAAAAUGUUGAUAUUAAAACAGUGAUAACUUUUACUGGAAGCAUUUUUGCCAAUACGUGUAUAUUGUAAAUAUGUUUCUAUUCAAAGAUGUAAUUAAUCUAUGUGUAUUUGAAUUUUCACUGGAAUGUCCCUUUAAGAUGAAGUGCUAGAACAAAUUUGUAUCAUUACUUGAAUUGUCAAGAAGAAAUAGUGUACACAACUUUACCUAUUUUUUUUUCUACCAAUGAUUAAUGUUUUUUAAGUGGAGGGACAAAUUUAGAUAAAGUAAUUUCAGUAUCAUUUUUAUUUUACCUGCUCUAAUAUAGAUGGGUGAUUCCUUGUAAGAUAUGUCAAUGAAUAUGAAAGCAUAUCAUAUUUUCUGCCAUUAAUUUAUUGUACAUAACAUUCUUUGUUCAUCCCAAUUUUUUAAAUGACAUUCUAGUCCCCUUUACUCUUUACCACAUCAUAAAAGCCUGAAAAUAAAAUCAAUAUAUUAUUAAUAAAAAUGUAAAAAAAUGUAUUGCAUGGAAGCAAACAAAAUCUACUUGUUCAGAGCUAAAAAUAGAAGAAAAACUUUUUUUUUAUAAAUAAUAUAUUGAAAUUAUGUUUAGGUUGUCAGACACAAAAAACUAUAGUGCUUCUUAAAAAAAUUAAAAAUUGCUGAACUAUUUUGUGGCCGUUUUUUAGUCAUAUUUUUGACAGCAGAGAAGGGCUUAAUGCAUAUGUGGAAGCUUUGGCUAUUUUUUUUAAUAAUAGGAUGAAAAAAAUCUGUAUACAGUUUUAUUGAGAAAUUAAGAAGAAAUAACAUGUAUAAUGAUUUCUGUAUGAAGCAAUACAUUCACUAAAGGUGCAGCAUGUUUAUAGUCUGGGGGGAAAAUAAAUUACAGACCGAUAAUAGCACUAAAGGUAUGAGUUUUGGAGAGUUUACCAGGGACAAAAAAAGGGUUGAGGGGCCCAUAGAAAUAUGAAACAUAAACAAAUUAAUGUGUCUAUAUUAUAAAGAUUUAGGGCUCUGCCUUUUCACCAGCAAAUAACAGUUAGUGUGAUAUUUAAAGUAUAAAAGCACAACAGCAAAGAAGGGGUUAAUGAAGACCUUGCCACAGACCAGGAGUCAAGCAGAACGUCUAUGAAUACUUCUCAUGGAGAGGGAUAAUAGGGGUCAUUUUCUGCAGCUCCUGAUGCUAUAGGCUGCUUCACUCUCACAGAUAUAAAUAUAUAAAUAUAUAUUUUUGGAUUUGUAUUAAAAAUAUGGUACGGUUUUGUAAAGUACUGAAUAUAUAAUUGUAAAAAUAAUAUGCAGAUGGUAAUUUAAUGUUGUAAUUUAUUCUUGAAUUGUAAGAGUUUUGAAGAGGCCUAAUAAACUGACUUGUGUGAAA